AUGGCUUUUUUAAUGCACGGAGAUAUUACAACGAAUCAAUACGCCAAUCCUUAUACAAAAUUAGUGGAAGAAAAGAAAAGAAAUAUCAAUCCAAAUCGCGAUAUUGAUCAUGACGAUCACCCUUCUGAUUUAAAUCAAAUCAACUCAACUUUAGCUCCAAAUUUCUCGCUUCCAUUACCACAGCCACCUGGCACACGUGCUCGCGACAAAAACGAAAUCGUCGAUGUAGACAAUAAUCAAGAUUAUUUUGUUGGACAAAUAUCGAUUGUUUUCUCUGUAACCGAAUGGAAAAAUGUAUUUAGUCGUACUAAUCAAAAGAUGAAAGAUGAUUGGACUAACAAAUUCCGUGAAAAAUUAACCGUUCGUGAAACAAGAACAACUUGUGCUUUGAAAUUUAACGGAUGGCCCAUAAAGAAUGAUCCUCCCAAAAGAUUUCUCAUCAAAUUCUCUACAAGAGUGAAUAUUUUUAUUAUUUUAAUUAGUUUCCAUUAUUUUUUGACAUGCGAUACAAUCGAUUGGUCCAAGAAGGACAACUUUCAAACACAACUUCUUUUCGAAUUCUUUUUAUCGCACGUUCUAGUUCUUGAAACAUGGUUGGUUUAG